AUGCCAGCAACCUCGCUCGACGAUAGUAAAUGCAUUAGUUGGAAGCCGGGCGAGCUCAGCAUACUCGAUGAAAAACAUGCGGAGUAUCAGGUGUUCAAACUCGGCAGCGUGCAAAGAAAGGAACUCCUCGAUGUUAUGGCAGAGGCAUUACAGAAGGCCUCUCCUCGCCUUCAGAACAUGCAACUAUUGACAGUUCGUAAGAAGGUUCUGCACUUCUUCAAGAAUGAUAGGGUUCGGAAGAUUCAAGGUGACGGACGUGUUCCUCCCAACACACGCAUGCUAUUUUCUAUGUGCAUCCGUCACGAUGGUGCCAGCGCAUUGUGGGUGAAUUCUGAGGAGAGGUGGAAGGCCUCACUUUUCAAGAAGCUGCCAGCGGAGGAGCAGAAGGAGUGGGCCGAGAAAGCGGAUGUGCUGCGCAAGGAGGAGGAAAAUAUGAGCCUCGAUGAGGCCAUCGCCGUCAACCAGGAGACCCUCUUCGUCACAGUGGCCAUGGGUCUGAAGGCCUUGAUUGGAAGGUGA